UCAAUUCUGAUAUACAAACGUACAUACAUAUAUGUAUAUUGUAAAUUAGAUUUUAAAUCACUUAAAUUCACUUGUACAAUAUUUCAAAUCAUGUCUGAAGAGGAAAAAAACGAAAUUGAAUAUCUUGAAACGCAAUUUGCAAAUGGGUUGUGUGGCUUCAGUAAAAUAAUGCCAAAUUACGAUUUUCGUGAAAAAUACAUAGUAAACCAAUGGAUAACAAAAUUAAAGAAAUCAAAUGGGUCCAUUGAUGAGAGAAGACUACGAAAUAACUUUAUUGAAUAUUUUGUAGCGGAUACUAACAUAUUCAAAGCGGAACCCUUUAACAGUUUGCCAGAUAAUUUUAACGGAUCAUUGAUGGUAUUAAAGAAGCUUUUGCCUAGAGAUCCAAAAGAAAACAUUACUCUGACCGAUGAUGAAAAAGGAUUUUACAUAACGGAAUUGUUUGCCACAUUACCUGACAAAGGAUCAUUUUUAAUAAAACAACCGGUUCCACGUGAUGGUUUUUUUUUCAUAACUGUGUUUAAACCGAAUGAAGCGAUUUUUUGUGAAAAAUCCUAAUAUUUAGCACACAUAUGUAUAUUUCUUUAAAUUUAUAUUAUAUAUACCUACUAUAAAAAAUAUUUUUCAUCUCAAAA